GCGGCGGCGGCGGCGGCGGCGCCAGGAGCUGCUGCAGCAGAGGCUGAGGCUGCUCCUGGACGCGUCCGGGCCGCUCAGCCGGAGCCCCAGCCCGGAGACGCCGGGCGGUGCGCUGGGUGCUGCGGCUGCUGCCCGCCGGCCGCCGCCCGGGCCCCCGCUGCCACCCGGGCCCCGGCCGCCGCUCGCGCCCGGGUCGACCCCGCCCGCGUGUGUGCCCCAGCCGGGACGCCGCCCCCGGCCGAGUCUCCACUUCUCGGCCGCACCUCCCAUGACAGCGCCCGCUCGAAGAUGGCUGCGAAGGGCGCGCACGGCUCCCACCUGAAGAUGGAGAGCGAGCUGGAGCGCUGCCGCGCCGAGGGCCACUGGGACCGCAUGCCAGAGCUGGUCCGGCAUAUGCAGACGCUAGUCGUGCCCGGCGGCGCGGGCGGCCGGCGAGCCAGCCCGAACGCCGUGCUCACCUCUGUGGACACCGAUGGCUUUGGGCAAUUGCUCCUGGCCGAGGCCCUCCUGGAGCAGUGUUUGAAGGAGAACCACGCCAAGGUAAAAGACUCUAUCCCUCUGCUGGAGAAGAGUGAGCCAAAGAUGAAUGAAGCCAGAAACUAUCUGAGCAGUAUCCUUAAUCACGGGAGGCUGCCGCCGCAGUACAUGUGUGAGGCCAUGCUGAUCCUGGGCAAGCUGCAUUACGUGGAGGGCUCGUACCGAGAUGCCAUCAGCAUGUACGCGCGGGCCGGGAUUGAUGACAUGUCCAUGGAGAAUAAGCCCCUGUAUCAGAUGCGGCUGCUGGCAGAGGCCUUUGUCAUCAAAGGCCUCUCCCUGGAACGCCUACCCAACUCCAUCGCCUCCCGCCACCGUCUGACCGAGAGGGAGGAGGAAGUGAUCACCUGUUUCGAGAGGGCCUGCUGGAUCGCUCAGGUGUUCCUGCAGGAAUUGGAGAAGAUCACAAGUAACACCACAUCCCGGCACCUGAAAGUAUCUCACCCGGUCGACUACGAGCUCACCUACUUCCUGGAAGCUGCACUCCAGAGCGCUUACGUGACAAACCUGAAGAAGGGGAACAUCGUGAAAGGCAUGAGAGAACUCCGGGAGGUCCUACGCACUGUGGAGACCAAAGCAACUCAGAACUUCAAAGUGAUGGCAGCCAAGCACCUGGCAGGGGUCCUGCUGCACUCCCUGAGCGAGGAAUGCUACUGGAGCCCCCUGUCCCACCCGCUACCCGAGUUCAUGAGCAAGGAGGAGAAUUCCUUCAUCACGCAGGCCCUGCGGAAACCUCAACUCUACGAAGGAGACAACCUCUACUGCCCGAAGGAUAACAUUGAGGAAGCCCUGCUGCUGCUACUCAUCAGCGAAUCCAUGGCUACUCGGGAUGUGGUGCUGAGCCGGGCACCGGAGCAGCAGGAGGACCGGGCAGUGAGCCUGAGGAACGCUGCGGCCAUCUACGACCUCCUGAGCAUCACGCUGGGCAGGAGGGGCCAGUACGUCAUGCUCUCCGAGUGCCUGGAGCGAGCCAUGAAGUUUGCAUUUGGAGAAUUUCACCUUUGGUACCAAGUGGCCCUCUCCAUGGUGGCUUGUGGGAAGUCAUCCUAUGCCGUGUCGCUGCUGCGGGAGUGCGUGAAGCUGCGGCCCUCGGACCCCACGGUGCCCCUGAUGGCCGCCAAGCUCUGCAUAGGGUCCCUGCACUGGCUGAAGGAGGCGCAGUGCUUCGCCAUGAUGGUGAUCCAGCUCGGCGAGGAAGCCGGGGAGUUCCUCUCCAAGGGCUACCUGGCACUGGGUCUCACCUACAGCCUGCAGGCCACCGACGCGACUCUGAAAUCCAAGCAAGAUGAAUUGCACCGGAAAGCACUGCAGACGCUGGAGAGAGCCCAGCAGCUGGCGCCCGGUGACCCCCAGGUCAUCCUCUAUGUCUCCCUGCAGCUGGCCCUCGUCCGCCAGAUCUCCAGCGCCAUGGAGCAGCUGCAGGAGGCCCUGAAAGUGUGCAAGGAUGACGCCAAUGCCCUCCACCUGCUGGCGCUCCUUUUCUCCGCCCAGAAACACUAUCAGCAUGCCCUGGACGUCAUCAACAUGGCCAUCACGGAGUAUCCCGAGAACUUCAACCUGAUGUUCACCAAGGUGAAGCUGGAGCAGAUACUGAAAGGCCCAGAGGAAGCCCUUGUGACCUGCAGACAGAUGCUGCGGCUGUGGCAGACCCUGUACAGCUUCUCCCAGCUGGGAGGCCUGGAAAAGGAUGGCAGCCUCGGCGAGGGCCUCACACUGAAGAAGCAGAGUGGCAUGCACUUGACUCUGCCCGAUGCCCACGAUGCAGACUCCGGUUCUCGGCGGGCAUCUUCCAUCGCGGCCUCCCGGUUGGAGGAGGCCAUGUCGGAGCUGACCGUGCCCAGCUCGGUUCUGAAGCAGGGCCCCAUGCAGCUAUGGACCACGCUGGAACAGAUCUGGCUCCAGGCUGCCGAGCUGUUCAUGGAGCAGCGGCACCUCAAGGAAGCAGGCUUCUGCAUCCAGGAGGCAGCGGGCCUCUUCCCCACGUCACACUCGGUGCUCUACAUGCGGGGCCGGCUGGCCGAGAUGAAGGGCAGCUUGGAGGAGGCCAAGCAGCUGUACAAGGAGGCGCUCACAGUGAACCCCGACGGCGUGCGCAUCAUGCAUAGCCUGGGUGUGAUGCUGAGUCAGCUGGGCCAUAGGAGCCUGGCCCAGAAGGUGCUACGGGACGCCGUGGAGAGGCAGAGCACCUGCCACGAGGCAUGGCAGGGCCUGGGCGAGGUGCUGCAGGCCCAGGGCCAGAGCGAGGCCGCCGUCGACUGCUUUCUCACCGCCCUCGAACUGGAGGCCAGCAGCCCAGUGCUGCCCUUCUCCAUCAUCCCCAGAGAGCUCUGACACGGCCUCGAAGCUUCUGGGAGGGAGGGAGCUGCCCAGCGGGCAGGCGGGCAGCAGGGAGCGUGGGUCAGGGGAGGUACGGGGCCUCAGGGAAAUCCAUCUCUAGGGAACAUGUCUGCAGGCUGCAGCCCUAGUUCUCCUCGCCUCCCCCCACCCCCCCACCCCUGCUUUCCCUCCAGGGCCAGCUGGGACUGAGAGCUGCUCAUCUGGAGCAGGGUGGACCAGAUCUGCAUCAAAAACAAAUCCCUUGUUCCUUGGAUUCAGACUUCAUGGAGUUUAUGAGCAAGGAAGUAGCUGGGAGGCCACAUCAACACGGGGGACGCUCUCCAGCGUAUCUGUGCAUCAUCUAAAUGUGCAGUAAGGGUCUGUGAGGCUUGGGUACCUCCCCCCACCUGUCUAAAAGCCCCUGUACUGUACCUGCCACCCUCCUUCAAUAUCUCUGACCCUGGAUUUCCCGGCUUUGCACAAGCUUUAGUCUCGAACCUCAGCUGUCUGCUCCCCACGCCAAAGAUGAACCCCAUGAGCUGCCCUUUGGCUGGGCCGAGAGGGUUCUCCUGGGUUCCUUCCUUGGCCCCUCGGGAGGCAGUCUGCUUGAACCCUAAGUGACUUAGAGUCAUGGUGACUGGACUUGUUCCCCAAGAGCGCUAGUGGGGGAGCCUCAUAGCUGUACUUCACCACCUGCCCUCACCAGGCCUCUGUGCCUGGGGGAGCCCCAUGGCCCUGGCCUCACACCCCACUCUCAGGUCGUGCCCAGGGCAGUCAUGGCUUGAAGAAUCUGCUGGCAAGCGGGAAGAGGAUGGACCUCUGGGUCCUCUCCCAGGUUUAAGUUAGUGGACAGUGCCUGGCCUUGCCCCUCUUUGCUUGGGCCCACCUAUACUCUUCCCCUCUGUUGCCAAGUGCCUUUGGGGCCUCUGGUGUCUGGCCAGGGGCACUGAGUUCUGGCCCUAACUAAACUUCCAUUUCUGCCCACCUCCACCUCUCUAGAAACAGGCUUCAGCCACCUCCUCAGGCCCUGGGCUGUAGCCCCUAGGAUACAAACAUGGCUGCUGGACCCAGCCCUUCCUUGCAUCAACACCUCAUUGCUUCACGCCUUACCUUUCUGGGCAAUGGGUACAGUAUAGAUCCCUGUAGGGGUUAUAAUGUGGAGAUUGGCAAUCUCUAGGACUGCCCUUAACACCGCUCACCAUCCACAGCCCAUUUUCACCUCAGGCCCUCUUGGGUGACCCAAGUCCCGCCCUGGCCAUUUGGUUCCCCCUGCCUGGGGCCAAACAGGGACUGUAAUUAGAGACCCAAGGAAGGGCCGGAGCCUAGCCCCUCCCUGGUUGUGCAGGCCUCUGUGUAUGUGACACCCGUCUCUACCGGGGUCCCGGGGGUGCUGGUGGGUGGGUGUCUUCCCUGCUGGCUCCCCUAGCCCUGCUGCGUGAUGCUCUUGGAACUAUCCCCAGGAAGGCAGCCCCCACGGGCCUAUCAGGGAAGUCCUUUCUUAUCUGCACUUUGGGUUUCAGUUUUAAAGCCCCGUGUGGUACAUCUCUCACUUGAAGGUGUGUGGAAAGGUCGGGUGAGGGCUGCCCUGGUUUGUCAGAGCCUGGUCUGUUCCUCGGAGGCGAGGCGAGAGGCUGUUGGAGACCCACCCUCCUCCCAGCCCUGGCUCAGCACUACACACCCCCAGGUGCUACCAGGGAGAGCCUGUGCCUCUAGCCUUCCCAUGCCAGGCCAAGGGACACUGUAAGGACACCAGAUCCUUCAUCCCGCCUGGUUGAAGGAUCUCUAUAUGUGUAUGUAUGUGUAUAAAUAUAUAUAUAUAUGAUAGAGAUCUAUUUUUAUUCUGGAAUUCUGUUAGAAAAAAAAAAAGAAAAAGCAAAUGCUGUUGGUUUACAUUGGGAUGCCCAAAGAUGUUGGUAGUGAGUCCUUGGUAAGGAACGGCAAAGGCAACAAAUGCAUUUUGACUUGAAGCAUUCCUUAUAGGAAGCCUCAGCGGGGCCGGGCAAGUUGCUUGACAAUUCAAAACAAAGGUCUUGAAUAAAGAGGCCCAUGAAGGGAAAGCAG